GUGCGCCCUCCCCCCGUAUAGACGAAACCGGCAAACAAAAGAGAGUGGGCGAGCGCAACAGCCCGAACGAAGAAGCGCGUCUCGUCUCGUCUCGUGCCGUGCCUCCCCUCCCCUCUCCCGCGGGUCUCCUCUGUCCUCCGUCUCGCCUCUAGCUCUCCCACACGCCGCCACCACCUCCCGCACUGCACCAGCCACCGCACCCCGCGACGGGCAGAAGCUUUCCAUCCUGGGACGACAGCCGGAGGGAGGGAGGGAGCUGGUUGCGUACGUACGUGUCGUCGUCGCUAGCUAGCUCUCUCCAUGGCGGCGUCGGUGGUGAUGCACCGGUCGAGCUCGGACGGCGGGUCGAGCAGCGGGUGGUCGGACGCGGCGGCGGCCGUGGCGGCGGCGGCGGAGGAGCGGGCCGGGUGGGAGGUGCGGCCGAGCGGGAUGGUCGUGCAGGCGCGUGACGACGUCGCGGCGGGGCCAGGCGGUGCCCCGCCGAGGCCGCCGCCGCCGGAGAUCAAGGUGCGCGUCAAGUACGGCGGCGCGCGGCACGAGGUGUCCGUGUCCCCCAUUGCCACGUUCGGUCAGCUGAAGAAGCUGCUGGCGCCGAGGACGGGGCUGCAGCCGGCGGACCAGCAGCUGAGCUACCGGGGCAGGGCGCGAGGCAACGCCGAGUACCUGGACUCCUGCGGCGUCAAGAACAAGUCCAAGAUGGCGCUCGCCGAGGACCCCGCCAGCCUCGAGCGCCGCUACAUCGAGCGCCAGAAGAACGCCAGGAUCGAGACCGCCAACCGCGCCAUCGGCGCCGUCGCGCUCGAGGUCGACAAGCUCGCCGAUCAGGUAACCAGUAUCGAGAAAUCGAUUGCCAGAGGGAACAAGGUGGCUGAGGUGCAGAUCACGACGCUGAUCGAGCUGCUGAUGCGGCACGCCGUGAAGCUGGAGAGCAUACCUGCAGCCGGCGGGGACUCCUCUUCGCAGAAGAACAUUCAGGCGAAGCGGGUGCAGAAAUGCGUGGAGACGCUGGACGUGCUCAAGGUGUCCAACGCGCGGCUGCAGGCGGUGGUGGUGACCACGAAAUGGGAGACGUUCGACGCGGCGGCCACCACGCAGACGCAGUGGGAGCUCUUCGACUGAAAAAAGGAGAACGUCGAUCGUCAGUGCAGUGCAGUGGAUACGUGCAUGGUGUUUUUGUUUUUGUGUCGUCGCUAUUCUCUCUCGGUUUUAAUUUGGUGCGCAUUGAUUCGUUGUGGUCAUGCAUGGUGGUGAGACGACGGUAGGUUAGGACAACGCUAGGAGAACCAAAACCCCACUGUUAACUGUUUGUAAUCACAGUACCGUUCCUCCCCUCCGGAUGAUGGAGCCGAUUGAUCCGUCUAGUGUAAUAAAUAAAGGAAAGCAACACCGUUCUUUUUGUAUCCUAGAGUCCAGAAAAAUGAUGAAAUGCAACACAUAGGGACGUUCUUUUUUGUAUAA